AUGGUAGAAAGUAGACGAGUGGCUUUUGUCACGACCGUGGCUUUAUUGUCGUUCAGCUGUGCGUACGCCGAGACGCCCGCCAUCAAAGACUGCUUGGCCAACGAAACGUGCUCGGUGCAGCCAACGGUGGUUGCGGCUGCGGCAAUGACGACGGCGACAACGCCAAAAAAUGUGCUCAAAACUACCACUGUCGGGGGUAGUAACCCGAAAAUAGUUCGUUAUGACGUCUCCGGAAACGAUUCCAAAGGAUCGACUCUCCAAGACGUGGUCGUACAGGUUGAUGACAGAAACGUCAUAUCCCUUGGUGGUGACAAGGCCAACAGUUCCGGAAAAGCUACUUCUGUCAGCUCAAACGUCACUGUCGUCGUUAAACCUUCAGUUGGAAAAGCUAACGCUACGGCCACUGAAACGAAUUUGCAGGUAACAAACUCCACCAAUACUACCAGCACCAGCACCACUGCUACAGAAUUUACUAGUGUUUCACGGCCAAAAUACUUGUUUGAAAACGGCGCCGAAGUCGUUCGUUUCGUUCCCUAUAAAUACUGCCACUGUGACCUAAUCUACGGCAGCUGUGACAUAAACUGUUGUUGCGACACAGAGUGCACUAAUCACGAUUUGAAGACAUUCACAUUGUGUCCCGAUCAAGUAAAGUCUACUUUGAUAAAGCAAGAAUCAAUCUUGUUCGAUUCUUCGUUGUUUUACGUGGUGAUCGAAAACGUACCAUCGGAUUAUUUCUAUCCCGAACGAGACACAAUCGAAUCCGAAACGCAAGUAGCAACUUCUCUUCGGAAACGCGACAUCUUUACUUGGCGCGAUGAAAAAGCCAUAAGCAGACAUCAUUCUUUCACUUCUACACUUCCAGUGGAUUCCUCCAUAUACAACAACUAUGACCUUACUUACAAGUCUUCGCGAUGGAUGUUUAACGUCGUGUCUGACGUAAAUUCUUCUGAAAUCAAAACAUUUGGUUUGAAAAACAGCGCUCUCGAUUCACUGUGCAGCGUGGAACAACCCGUUGAAUACUUGAAAACAAAGGAAACAAACUGCAAGACGUUCGUUCCUAAUCUGACAGACGUUUGUAACAACAACUCAUCGUUGAGCUUCAAGCACUACUAUGGAGAAAAAGGGCUGUUCAAAGUAAUGCAACCCAUUUACAAUAGCGUCCACAAGACCGAGAAAAUCGAUUUGGUCACCAUCCAAGCCACAGCGCACCACCACUGCGUGUCGAUGAACGGAUCGUUGUACGAUUGUCAGGUUGGAAAAUUCGGCGUUGGUACCAGAGGUAACGACAAUCGUUCGCACUAUGAUCCCGUUUACUUAGGCGGUGUUUGCCAUCGGGUCGUCGACGGGGUCGAGUACUUGGUGACGCACAACGGGUCUAGGGGCGUCCGCCGGGUGGACGUGCACUUCUAUCACCGGGACGUACCGGACGCCGGUCGUCCCAUCUACCUCAAUCAGAGGUUCGGCGUUCGAUUCGCCUGGGCCACCGUCGGGUCAGCGGUGGAGUCGUACGAGCGGAGUGGUAAGCCCGGUUACGUGACCGGGAGCCCAGUGCUGGUCACCAUGGCCGGUAAAGGCGUAGUGAAACUCCGACACCCGAAGAAGAUGUACUUACCAGAAACGGACGGGUACGGUAGGUGUAUUCACUCCACCGAGCCUCGGCAGUCCGUCAACUUCUUGGAGAGCGUCGACGUCCAGUGUCGCGUCCGGGUCCGACGUCAAAAUAUGCAGUUGUCCAAGAGAGCUGAUGAUCAUUCCAUACCCAGUGGCGGUGUCUUGUUUGCAGACAUCUGCAACUACAUUCAAAACGAAACGAUGGCAGUUCUCGGAGAUUACGAAGGUGCCCUGGUUGCCAGUCUCGGCGACCCAGACGUGACCAGAUGGAUACCGUUCGUGGUCGCCAAACCACCAGUACAGCAGUCACUGCUGUCUGAAGAUUUGUGUCCUGCCGUGACGGAUGGCGUGCACAUACGGGUGUUAUACUCACACGUGGGCCCUUUCGACGGUCCGCGGGCCACCGUGCUUGGAGUGCUGACCAAUUACACGGCGUCGGCCGUCACCGUCAGCGGCGGCCAUCGAUCAGUGGCCGUUGAAGUGCCUGUGAGGGUCACCGUGGUGUACGUGGACCUGACUCGGCCGCCCAUCAGGACUUUCGCCGAACCACCCACGUACGAGUUCAGACUGCCCGAAGACUUUUACUAUCCGUUCUGGUCGUCCGGCGCCGCCCGAGUCUCGCGUUCAGUUCACAAAGUCUAUUUCGUCGUCGGUCUGCAGGUCUUAUUGUCGCAUCUACACUGCUACUGA